GGAGUUUUAUUAGCAUUCUGCGUUAAACUGGUUCCUAACUUCCUGUUGCUAGCAGCAGCAGUUGCGUCGCCACUAAAAUUGAGCGUAUUUCCACUGAUACGAUCUCUUACAUUGGACGGAAUCUGCAACAUACGAUUGAUCCGUAUACGAUGUGUUUUGAUUUUGUGUUGUAAAUUGUCAUUGUUGCAAAAUGACGCUGCAGUCCACUACAUCGACCCUGAGCCGGGUGCACACCACCCAGGGCAUCGAGGAUGUCUUCCAGUGGACGCGGGACGGGAAUGCGUUUAAUCUGCGUGUGUGGCUGGACGAUACCGAGCACGACAUGAAUGUGGGCGAUGAUCACGGGUUCAGUCUGCUGCACUGGGCGGCCAAGGAGGGCCACGCCAACGUGGUGGACAUGCUGUUGUCGCGCGGCGCCCGCGUCAACCAGACGAACAUGGGCGACGACACGCCGCUGCACCUGGCCGCCAGCCACGGCCACCGCGAGAUCGUCCAGAAGCUGCUGCGCAACAAGGCCGACGUCAACUUCGUCAACGAGCACGGCAACACCGCGCUGCACUACGCCUGCUUCUUCGGCUUCGACCAGAUCGCCGAGGAUUUAAUUCAGCACGGUGCGCUGGUAUCCGUCAGCAACAAAUACGGCGACAUCCCCCUGGACAAAUGCCGGCGGGCCGAAUUCCGGGAUCACCUGGAAAACUUUGCGCAGCAGUUGGGCGUGGAUAUGCGUAAGAUUCCCUACAAGGACCAAUCGUCCAUGGCGACAAAACUGCGCACCAGUGCGUUCUCUUACCCAAAACCGAUUUUCGGAGGUGUCGUGGUGGACCAGCAGCAGGCCAUCCGCUUCGCCCUGGACAUUGCGCGCGGCAUGGGCUUCCUGCACUCCCUCAACCCCAUGGUCAAGCGCUUCUUCCUCAACAGCAAACACGUCAUGAUCGACGAGGACCUGAGCGGACGGCUGAGCAUGGCGGACGCCAAGUUCUCCUUCCAGGAGAAGGCCAAGCUCUUCCACCCGGCCUGGGUGGCCCCCGAGGCGCUGCAGCGCCGCCCGGAGGAGAGCAACGUCCGUGCCGCCGACAUGUGGAGCUUCGCCGUCGUGCUGUGGGAACUGCAGACGCGCCAAGUCCCGUUUGCCGAUCUGGAGCCCAUGGAGAUCGGCAUGAAGGUGGCGUACGAGGGUCUGCGGCUGCCGCAGCCGCCCGGCGUGUCCAACCACAUGGCGCGGCUGAUCGGCAUCUGCAUGAACGAGAACCCGGGCAAGCGGCCGUCCUUCGAGAUGGUCCUGCCCAUCCUGGAGAAGAUGCAGCGCUGAACACUAAACAGCAAGCGAAGGCUCAAUCAAGCAGCUUCCUUCCGGUGGCUCCUCACCGCGCUCUUCCUGGUGCCUCCCUGCAUUUUUCUGCUUCUUGUCACGUGUACUGUACACGCCGUGGUUUGUGCCGUGUUCUGCUCCGAGACUGUGCCGCUGUUUUUAAUGAUUGUAAUUUUUAUCCUUGUAGAACCGCAGCUGAUGCGUGCGUCUUCCUUAAACACUGUCUUGUGCAUAAUUAAGCGCGUGCGUACUGCGUGCCGAGUAAGAGUAAGUCACUAAUUUUGUACCGUUCUAUAUUUGCCAGAUUAUUCUUCACACUGUACACUGGUUUUAUCGGGAUGUGAUCCUGUUUGUUGAAGGUUACUGUAAUAAAACGUUGAGUUGA